CUGGCGGGCCCUGCCCUGCUGGGCGCGGCGCGGCCCUGGGCCGGGCGGGGCCCGAGAGGCCGGCGGGGCCCGCCCCUCGCUGCGGCGGCGUCGAGUCGCCCAGACCCGCCUGUUCUCAAAGCCCGGCGAUGGCGCCCCGCAGCCGGCUCCAGGCUGGGAGGGUCCCCGGGCCGCCGGUUCAGCGCGUUACUUCCUGCGCUGCUCUCUGUGUCCUGCUCCCCGGAGCCCGGGGCUUCGCGCGGGAAAUCCCAGCGAGCCCCCUGCGGGGUGGGGCACGGGUCUCCCGCCACCGCUUGUGUGUCUGCAACCAGCGGAGCUCUUGCCGCCCGACUCUACCGAGAACCCCUGGGGCUCCCGCAAAGCCAUCCUACCUGGGGCUCCUGCUCGCUGGCCUGUGGGGGCAAGAAAUACCUGCAGUUCGGUGUUUUGUAACCUCUCUGUACUGUGAGGCACUGGCGGACCCAAAGGCAGAGGGAGCUCCCAGCUCCCCCACGGUUCUGGAGCCCAGCCCCAGAGUCCUGUUUCCACCCCCAACCACCUAUCCAAUAAUGCCUGCACCUAAAGAGCCUUUGAGUCACUUAAUCAUGGUCAAUCCUCUGGUUUCUCUGUCUCACGUGCACACACACACAGUCUCAUGCAUGGAGUAACCUUAGAAUCACUCUUUAGAUUCAUGUGCUUUGCUUAGGAAGGCUAAUGUUGCGAAGGCCUAAGGACCUAAUGAGAAACUGGGAAACGGAACCUGCCUAUCUGGUAGUUGAGCAGCCCUCCUCACUACAGUAUCUGAGUGCCGAAUGCAAAUUUGAGAGGGUACGUAAAAUGUGGGCUUCAUGGGAGUGUUCUUCAAUGAGGGAGAUAUUCAAAAUGCCACUGAUGGCAAAAAGAAAAUCAAGCAACAGAUGAACUGCAGCAUACAGAAAAUAGCAUGCAUGCAAAACAGCUACCGCUUAGUCACAACCUGAGGAUCUGGCAAAACAAUUUAAGCUGUAAUCAGGCCAAAGGGACUCUACAGCAGCACCAGAGCUUCUUAGAAAUGUUUGUAGUAUUAAUUUAGUAGCUGAAGCUUAUUUCCUUGCAUUUAUUCAAUAGUAGUUCUCAUUUUGUGUGUGUCUUUUAAUAGCCUUGCUGGAGAUGCGAUAAUGCACACAGAGGGGUGUAUGUGCAUACCCUCCACUAGAAAAAAUGGUGCCCACAAUUUUCCAAGAGCCACCACAAACGUGCAUGAAGUGAAACAAAUUGUAGUUGCUUGUUAUCUCUAAUAUGGAGAUGAAGACAACUGGUCCCAGUAUACAGUGCUCUUAUUAUGACACAAGAGGAGGUUUUGGAAUUAAUUGAGAAACUUAACAGUAACAAGUCACCGGGACCAGAUGGCAUUCACCCAAGAGCUCUGAAAGAAAUCAAAUGUGAAAUUGCGGAACUAUUAACUAUGGUUGGUUUGUAACCUGUCCUUUAAAUCAGCUACUGUACCCAAUGACUGGAAGAUAGCUAAUGUAAUGCCAAUAUUUAAGAAGGGCUCUAGAGGUGAUCCUGGCAAUUACAGACCGGCUCAUCCUUCCGUACGUAUCAAAGGAACAGAACACAGCUACAGCCCAGUCCUGUGCCAAGAUGACCAGUGCACUGCCAAUGUCAAAGGGAGGCACACCCACUGUCCAUUCUGCAGCAUUUCGGAGGCUUAUCAGGACCCGUUCAUUCUCCAGGCUCACUACCGGGUCAAACACGUGGACAAGGGGCUUGACUUUGCAGGACUGAAGAUCCUGCGGUGCUGCAGUCACUGCGAGAUUGUGGGCACGAUCAAAGGGGAGAAGAAGUUCAAAGGGGCACACUGGCACUGUUACCGCUGCCGCAACGGCUUCAACCGGCGGGACGAGGCGGUGAAGCACUUCAAGACCCACUUCCGGAACCCCCACACCACCUUCCAGAUCCAGGUCACGCAGGAUGUCAAUAGCCGCCAGUAUUACCAGCACAGCACCGAAGCCCACCCCAAGGCCUAUGGUAGCCUCCAUGUGUCCACCGGAGCCAGCAUUGAUGUGAUGGCCAUAGGCUCGGUGCUGGCCCAGACCGUCCUGGCAUCAGGAUCUCCUGUCUUCACCACCGACAAGGGGACAGAAAGCCUCUCGGGCAACCCUGCCAAGGACAGCAGUUUCAACAGCAGGAUCGUGCUGGGAGUAGAGGAGAUGGCGGGGCUCAGCACCUCCUCCUCAUCCCUUCCCACCCAUCAGACCCUGGUGCUGAUGGACCCUGAUGGAGACAGUGGCAACAUCAUCUUUGAAGAGGGAGACAAUUCUGUGGCAGGGCAGCCCUGUGAGGGGCUGGAUCAGAACUUGCUGGAGAAACAGCUGAUUGAGCUACACCAGCAGAACCAGCAGCUGCUGGAGGAGAAGAAGGAGAUGGAACAGAAGCUUCGGGCAGAGAUCCUGCAGCUAAAGGAACAGAUUGCCAGCAUUGUCCAAGCUAAUGUCCGCAUGGCAGAGGAGCUGAAACGGUACCAAACCUCAGAUGACCUGGAGAAGAAAGUCAGCAAGAUGGUUGAGCAGAUGGAGUGGCAGCACCGAGAACUGCUGCAGAUGCAGGUGGCGGCCCUGCGGAAGGAGUUUGCCCAGAAAGAGAGUCAGGUGACAAACGGCAAAUCCACACCUCCAGCAGACGCUGCCCUGGAAACCAGGGAGCCAGCUGUGACCUCCUCCAUGCACACUCUUCUGGCCAACGCUGCCCUGGCCUCCACAAACAGCACCGGCAGUGACCGGUUCACCCUGCCCCACAGUCUGGUGGGCCCCCAGAGCACUGCGACGCCCAGGCCGUUAGACAUUAGCACUGGGGAUGUCAUCUCCUUCAUUGACCCGCCAGAAAGCUUACCUGGAACUGGGAGCAACAGCCUGGAAAAGCUGGAGAUCGUGGAGUUGCACCUGGACACGAAACCGACCAUAGCGAACCAGGAAGCUGGCUCCCCCCCAGCUCACGUCCAGGGAGCCAUGGGACUGCUGCCUUCACUGGGUGGAGAGAAGCGGCUGGCACAGCAUGCACUGGCAAGAGAAACCAAAGCCAAACAGCAGCGGACAGUCUGAUCCCACGUGGGGAACUUACACACACAAGCCCUGACAAACCUCUCUCUUCCUAAGCCAGUAGCCAAACAAACUUGCCAGUUCCCUGUUUUGUACCCAGUGCUUUAAAUUGAUAGAUAUAUAUGGUGCUGUCAGUUAUUAAACUGCCCUUAAGUUAUACAUUUA